GUGUAAUGUUUACAAAAUAGAAAUCCACGCGAGGGUCGUCUUCCCCUCGUUUCUCGGGAUUUUUUUUAAAAUCGGUUGUAAAAUCCUAAUGAAAUUAAAAUGUCUUCUACUAUAGACUUUAAACCCAUUCUAACGAAAGCAUCGUUACUGAUGCAGGGAAAAGCCGUUCCACAAUCCAUCAAGGUUACCGUGUAUGAACCAAAAAAGGCAAAAGCAUCCAAACCAAAGUAUAAAAAACCGGAAGCACCAGCAGAACCCGACCAGGACAACACUGAUGAAGAGGAAAACAUCGAUGACAUAUUCUCCAAUGCUCGUCGCCGGAAGCCAGCUAGGAAGGAACCGGAGACAUUCGACAUUAGCCGGGCCCGAAAAGAGGUAAUCAAUUUCGGCAUAUCCGGUUUGGAUAAGGAAACCAAACACGAGGCUCAGGUAGCGCUGGCCAUCAAGCUGGGAGCGAAACCGCCGAAAAACAAGUAUCGAAACUAUAAAGAGAUACUUCUGGAACGGAAACGAGAGAAGGAGGAAACCGACCGAACCAAUCGACGUCGCAGGGGCCGGAGUUUUGGAGCUAUAAAAUCGUUCCAGGAACAGCAGCAGCGUGCUCGGAAGAAAGCCACUGAUUCUGGUUCGGUCACUAGGCAUUACGGAGUCGUGAAUCCUAAAAUUGGUGGGAAGAAGCGACGGAAGCCUUGAAAUUAUGGGGUGGUUGGUAGAACUUAAUCAUUUGUUGAAAAUUAGUGCAUAGAAG